AUGGCUGAAGUUCGUCCCCAAAAAAUCGCCCUGAUUCUUGAUUCUCAAAUGUGGACAUACGGUGAAUUGAUCGAACAAGUUGAACGUAUUACUGACUACUUGCAGAAUUUAAAGAUCAUCCGAGGUCAAAUCAUAUAUCAAUUUGUUGAACGUAGUUUAGAAAUGGUCUGUGGAUUCUUAGGUAUCAUUUGUUCUGGUGGUGUGUAUUGUCCAUUAAAUCCAACAGAUUCUCCAUCGCGUCUUCUUUCCAUCUUGGAACAAAUCCAAAGUCAAUAUGUUUUCGUUCAUCAAUUAACAUUCAAACAGUUUCCAGCAGAUAUGGUAAAGCAUGUCAUUUUCCUAGAAAAAAUUCUUUUCCCAUCAUCACAAACUGAAGACAGGAAUGAACUUCCAUAUUGUGUAGAAGAUGGUCCUGCAUUUAUUGUUUGUACAUCAGGAACAACUGGCCGACCCAAAGCAAUCCUUCAUACCCAUCGAAGUUUUGCAGCAAGUAAUGCAGCUUAUAUCCAAUGGAACGCGACUAUGUAUACAGUUCGAGACCAAGUUCUUCAACUUGCUACCUGUACAUGGAUUUUACAGUUAUCAGAAAUUUCGUUACCAUUGGUUGUGGGCGGAUCUGUUGUACUCUUACGGCCUGGUGGACAUUUGGACAUGUCAUAUUUAUCAAAGACUCUAAUCAAUCAGCAAGUCACAACGAUGAUCAUUGGUCCAGCAAUUAUUCGAGCUUUGAUCGAUUUUUUAGAGAUCAGUCAACAAAUUGAUACAUUCAAAUAUGUUCUCAAUAUAUGCGUAACGGCCGAAGCAAUCAAUCCUCCGCAAUGGAUAAAAUUCCUGAGUUAUUUGAAUCUGCCAACUACUCGAAUCAAUUCUCAGUACGGUAUGUCAGAAUGUAAUGGAGUUCUUGGUUGUCAACUGUUCGAUGUUUACAAUACAACGAUACCUAUUGGUUGUCCAUUCGUUAAUGUUCGUUGUUUACUCGUCAGUGAACAAGAUGACAUUAUCGAUAAAACGAAUAAUUCAAAUCAGAUAGGUCAACUUCUCAUAGGAGGACCCACUCUGUUUGAUGGCUAUCUUAAUGAUCCAGAACGAACGAAUGAUAUUCUUAUUACUAUUGAUAAUCAGAUUUAUUUAAAAACAGGGGAUUUAGCUCGAUACAACGAACGAGGCGAACUUGUUCACGCUGGACGUGCGGAUUUUCAAAUCAAAAUUCAUGGUCAACGAGUUGAAACAACGGAGAUUGAAGAUACAAUUAUGAAUUGGUCUCGGGAUCAAAUCUCCGGUUGUCUUGUGAUAAAAUCUCCACAAAACAAAGAUUCAUUAGUUGCUUAUAUCGUUUCACACAGUCCCGAUCUCAAUAUUGAAGAAAUUCGAAAUCAUUGUCGUCAGCACCUGCGUCAGUAUAUGGUUCCAUCUCAUAUCAUCAUUCUUCAUAAAUUUCCAUUGAAUUCCAAUGGAAAAAUCGAUCGAAAACAGCUUCCAACCCCAUCACUACUCAACAACGUUCAAAUCGUUGACAAACCAAUCUCAGAAUUAGAAGAUCAAAUCCACAAACUAUGGUGCAAUGUCUUACAAUUAAAUUCUGUUCCACGUUAUGCGAAUUGUUUCGCAUUGGGCGGCUCAUCUUUAACAUUAAUCCAGUUUUUCAAUUAUUAUCAGUUUCAUUUCGGUCUCGAUAUGCAACUCAACGUUCUCGACUUCUUUCUCACUCCAACCAUCGCCGAUCAUGUUCAACUCUUACAAAAUAGCAGACCAAAACUAAAAACGAUUUGGACUCCACUCCAUUUAAUACAAGGUACCGCUUCAUUUGCUCAAACGCGUCUUUGGAUGGACGAACAAGUUCGUUUCCAUGAAGAAGUGUCCGUUUUCAAUGAAUUAUUGAUCUACCAAUUAAAAUCUCUUAGUUCAUUUUCGAUUGAACGACUUCGUCAAGGUCUUCGACUUGUUGUUGAUAAAAACCCUAUUCUUCGUACAGCCGUGGCAUUUGAUCAAGAUCGAUUAACCCAAAAGAUUCUUCCAUUGUCCUCCGAACAUUAUCCAAUUCAAGUGACACGUGUAACAACUAACAUUGAGAUAGAAACGAUAUUUUACAAUGAAGAAACCAAUCGAUCGUUGUUUAAACUCGAACAAGGGAAAGUUUUUCGCUGUCAUUUACUUCUUCAAUCAUCCGCAAAGGAUUUAAGACGUGACGACAUGAUCAUUUUCAAUUUUCAUCAUAUCGCAGUUGAUGGAAAUUCCAUUCAAGUGUUCAUCAACAAUCUUCGUCAAGUUCUCCUCACCGGAAAGUUGUCUAACGAUGAAAAUGAGCGUCUUACUUAUCUUGACUAUUCCCAGUACGAAAGAUUAGAGGAUUGGUCGAUUGCUCGACAGUAUUGGAAGGAAAUUUUAACAUCAGUUCAUCCUUCAAUUCAGCAAGAAAAUUAUUCGGUGAAAACAGGCAGAGGUUACACAAUCACAUUUGAUUUAGAUCGAAUGAUUGUUAAAUCUUUGAAUCAAUUUAUAACGCAAUCAAAUUUGACGCUUUUUCAAGUUGGUCUCGCUGCAUUUUUUGUUUUCCUUUUCAAACUCUCGAACAAUGAUCAAUUAGAAUUCUGCACAGGGAUUGUCGCUGCUAAUCGAUCCCAAUACGAACUUGAACAUCUUCUCGGAUUCUUUGUAAAUACCAUUCCAUUUUUCGUCGAAAUUCAUCCUUUUGAAUCGUUUCGUGAAUUUUGCCAACGAAUUCAACAAAAUUGGUUGGAAAUCUUUCCUCAUUCAAAUUUUCCUUAUCAGGAAAUGGUGAAAUUAAAUCCACAUUUACGAUCUUCAUUUCUUCAAACGCUUUUUCUCAUCGACACAAAGAUCGACAAUACUGAACAAAAUAUCGAAAUUGAUCCAGAGAAUUCACUUCACUUCAUCGAUCGACGAAUCUUCACUGGAAACAUCGCCAAAUUCGAUUUGGUGUGUUCAAUUUUUGAACAUCGUCGAAACGAAACGAUCUCCGUGACAUUCAAUGCUUCAUUGGAUAUGUAUGAUCAGACAACAAUUUCCACGAUGUCGCAACGAUUUCAUUGGUUACUGAACCGAUUAUUCCUUUUUCCUGGUAAUGGAAUAAGUGAAUAUUCUUUAUUACUACCCGAUGAACAGUUACUAAUGAAAACCUUGAAUAACACUCAAAUAUCAUCUCCUUCCUUUUCAUCCAUUCGUCAUAAAUUCACUGAUCAAAUUACAAAAUACUCUCAAAAGCUCGCCAUUGAACUCGAUAAGCAAUCUCUCACCUACGCUGAACUUCUAUAUUAUACACAAAGUUUAUCUUUAAAUCUCUUGAGCUUUACCACUCCGGGUGAUAUCAUCUGUCAAUGCGUCGAACGAAGUUUAUUCAUGGUAAUCGGUAUUAUGGCAAUUGAAAUGAUCGGAUGUGUUUAUUGUCCACUGUCACCUGGUGAUCCGGAAUAUCGUUUAAACACACUCAUUCGACAGACAAAAAGUCGUGUUAUUCUAACCGAUUGGUUGACAAUGUCGAAAUUUUCCGACGCAGAAUUUCUAUUGAUCAAUCUCGAAUCGGUGUUGUAUAGUGAUAAUGAUGAUAUUGAUUGUUUAUCAUGUAUAAGAAUUGCACGUGAGAGUAUCGCGUACAUUAUUUUUACGAGUGGUUCGACGGGAAUUCCAAAAUCAGUUCAAGUUCGACACGACAAUCUGAUUGGAUGUAUUCAUUCACUUUCUUCGAUUGAUUUGAUAAAUAACAAAGAUACAGUUGUGCAAAUGGCUCAGUGCUCAUACGAUGUUCAUCUGCAAGAAAUCCUUGGCACAUUGCUGAUCGGAGCGAGUUUAAUUAUGCUUCAUCCUCAAGGAAAUCUUCACGUUGAUUACCUUCUUCGAACUCUGAGCGAAAAACAAAUUUCAUAUUUGCAAAGCGUUCCGUCAUAUCUCAACAACCUGAGUGAAUUUCCAUUAGAAUCUCACAUAUCCACACUACGAAAUCUCGAUAUCGGCGGUGACGUUAGUCGAAUGAGCCUAAUUAAAAGGUUAUUUAGUCAUCUAUUUAAAAAUGCUCAUGUUUGGAAUACAUACGGCCCAAGUGAAACAACCAUUGAUUGCACAUACCAUCUCGUGGAUGUCCGAAAAGAUCAAGAAACAGUUCCAAUUGGUUUACCUAUUCCUAAUUAUCGAUGUUUGAUUUUGGAUGAGUACUUUCAGCCGUGUAUCGUUGGUCGUAUCGGCGAAUUAAUUGUCACAGGUGUUGGCGUAUUCACUGGAUAUUUUCAACGCGAUGAUUUAACCAAAGAUGCUUUUAUCGAAAUUGACGAUGAGAUCUUUUAUAAAACUGGUGAUAUUGUUCGAAUGGAUCAAAAUGGUUUUCUUCAUUAUCAAAAUCGAAAAGAUGAUCAGAUUAAGUUUCACGGACAACGAAUCGAACCCGGUGAAAUUCAACAAUGUUUACUCAACACAACAAUCUCAUCAUGUAUUGUCACGAAAGAAAAUGAUUAUUUAGUUGCGUAUGUCGAAAGUUCGGAUAUGACAGAAAAUGAGUUAUAUGAACAUUGUCGAUCUCAUUUGCCGGUUCAUAUGAUUCCAUCAGUGUUUGUUAUUCUUGAACGAUUCCCAUGGAAUGACAAUGGAAAAAUCGAUAGGAAAAGCUUACCUCCUGCUGAAUUUCGCAACACGAUCAAUCUCGAACUGAAAAGACCGAAUACCAGAAUCGAAACAAUUGUUCAUCAACUCUGGUGCGACAUUUUCCAUCGUGAUGAGAUCCCAAUUGACUCAAACAUCUUCUCUAUCGGCGGACAUUCUCUCCUUCUCAUGAGACUCUUCUAUCGAUAUCAGACAACGUUCAAAUUAGAGAUAAAUUCACUUUCGAUUACUAGCUUCUUUGCACAUUCAACAAUUGUCGAUCAUUCUCGCUUGAUUUCUCAAGCGAUUUUCACGAAAAACAACGAUGAACAAUCCUGGUUUGCUUUGCAUCUCACUGAAGCUAAAGCGACAUUCGCCCAAGAACGAGUUUUUCUCGACGAACAGAUCCGUUUUCCAUCUAAACAUCACAAUGUUAUGAAUGUCAUUCCAUUAGUUUAUCGAAUUUCAUCGACUGAUCAGAAUCUAUCAAUCGAUCGAUUACAUCGAGCAUUGCAUGCCGUGAUCGCAAAACAUCGAGUUCUAUGCACAGGAUUUCACCUGGAUUUGCAUGGCAUGAUCAUUCAACAUUGCUUCAAUAUCAAUGAUCAAGAAACAUAUGGUUUUUCAGUAGUUAAUGUAAACAACGAUCUUGAAACAGAUGGAAUUAUGAAAGAGAUCAUAAAUCGUUGUGAUUUGUUUGAUUUAUCCAAAGGACGUGUUUUGUGCUGUCAUGUUAUUCGUCGUCAUAACGAAGAUACACUAAAGAUGGACGAUUUGAUCAUCUUCACAAUUCACCAUUUAGUAUUCGAUGGAAUAUCAGUGUCAGUGUUUCUCAACGAUCUUUCUUUUGCUUGUGCAAACGAUGAUCCUUCAUUAUCUAUGGGUGAAAAUCUUCUUCAAUGCAUCGAUACUUCCGUCUACGAACGUUUAAUCGAUAUGACUCAAUCGCGUCAUUUUUGGUAUUCUCAAUUGAAAGAUUAUAACUUCACCCGCUCAUUAUCAUUACCUGUCGAUCGACAUUGUUUGUCCACGGACUAUCGAUCUGGUUCUCAAUCUGCCACUCAAAUCUAUUUCGACGAUGAGAUUUCCAGAGAAUUUCUGCAAUUCGUAACUCUAUACCACGUAACACCAUUCCAAUUAGCAAUGAGUGUGUUUUAUGCAUUUCUGUGGAAAUUAAAUAAUGGUCACGAUGAUUUGUGCUUCAGCUGCUUACAUUCGAAUCGACAUCGGAAUGAACUACAAAGCUUAAUUGGAAUGUUUGUUGCUACGUUACCAUUUCGAAUGCGAAUUCAUCCUCAUUGGUCAUUUGAGGAACUGAUUGAGCACGUACAAGAGAAUUGCUCAGCAAUUUUUCAACAUACGCAUUAUCCCUUACAGCAAAUUCUUGCGGAUUUUCGAGUGAACUAUUCGAAUGCUUCGUUUCUCGACGUUCUAUUUGAACUUCUUACUGUAUCUCCUGACAUGCAGAAACUUUCGUUGGAUGAAACACAUUUAGAACGAGUAUCUGUUGAACGAUUACACGAAGCGACUGCGUUUGAUUUCGAUGUUGCGUUUGUUUACAAUCCAACAAGUGAAACUGAAAAAAUGUUGUGUAGUAUUUACGGAUCGCGAGAUAUUUUCGAUGAAAGCACGAUUGAGAAGAUAGGUCGACGACUUCAACUUGCAUUUUCUCAGAUAUUCGCAACAACUCUACGACCUAAUCAGAUUGGUAAACUCUCUCUUAUUCUACCGGAUGAACUUGAACAAAUACAACAAGUAGCAAUUCAUCAUUUCUCUGGCAUUGGUACAGAAGAACAUUUACGUCAAAUCUUCAGUCGAGUGCUCAAUUGUGAAUCUGUGGAUGUGACUCAAUCAUUCAGCGAGAUGGGUGGAACAUCACUAGAUGUUUUACGAAUAGUCUCUCUCAUUCGAAAAGAUAUUUGCCCUACAAUCAAUACAUCUCACUUAUUUUCCAAUCCUUCGAUUCAACAACUGGCACAAGCGAUCAAAUCAUUUUCAGUUGUACUAGAAUCAACUCUGUUUGUACCUUUGAAAGUGGCGAUUAUUGGUUGUGGUAUUGGCGGUUUAUCUGCUGCUAUCGCUCUAAGCAGAUAUGGUCACGAAGUCACUGUUUAUGAACGAGCUCACUUUGCUAGCGAAGUAGGUGCAUCGAUUUCUGUUGCUGCGAAUGGAACAAAAUUUCUCGAAGAGUGGGGUGUUGACACGGUUGCUGGAAGGUCUGUUAUUCUAAAGAAAUUAAUUAUGCGCAAUUGGAAAGACGGCACACCCAAUGAUGUUUAUGAUUUGAGUGAUUAUAAAGAGAAAUGGGGUUAUGUCUACAAUAUGUUUCAUCGAAUUGAUCUUCAUGAACAAUUGCAGGUUAGAGCGAAAGCUCUGGGAGUAACGAUUAUUGUAGAUCAUAAAGCAGUUGAUAUUGAUUUUCUUCAUCGUACUGUCACAUUUGAUACAGGCAGAACAAUAUCCGUUGAUUUGAUCAUUGGUGCGGAUGGUGUCCGUUCAACACUGCGUCGCCUGAUGGGAAUUGUCGCUGAAACAACGCCGUCGACAAGUGCGUGUUAUCGUUGCAUCAUUCCGACGUCGCGCGUAAAACAAUUAGGUUUGAAAGAUUUUGCACCCAACAAUGCAAUUGAAUUCUGGGGUGGUUUUGGAAUUAAUAAGAUUGUUUUAGCUCCUUGCUGUGCAGGUGAGAUAGUGUCCUUCUAUUGCUUUUAUCCAGCUUCACUCAAUGAUCAAAGUGAAGAAGGCUGGAAUUUCAGCGCAACACCAUCAAUGCUAAUCGAGCGUUUUCCCGAUCUCGAUCCAGAUUUACUGGCCAUUUUCGAGCAUUGCGAAGACAUCAAGUUAUGGAAAUUGGUUAUUCACGAGCCAUAUCCAUAUUGGGUGAAGGGCUGUGCAGCAUUACUCGGAGAUGCUGCUCAUCCAAUGAUGCCUGAUCAAAGUCAGGGCGCGUGUAUGGCAAUUGAAGAUGCAGCUGCAUUGGGAAUCAUAUUCUCACCUAAGUAUUGGGGAAACCGAAUACAUACCGUCGAACAUGGUUUGAAAAUGUAUGAACUCUUAAGAAAAUCUAGAGCAACUCGAGUUCAAGCGGCAAGUGCGCGUGCACGAGAGAACCUCAAUGAACGAAUUGGCUGGAGCUCACAAAGAAAUCAACAAAAUACGACGAAUAAAUUAACCAUUGAUGAAAUCAAUGUUUAUGACAUGGACAAACAUCUAAAUGAUCUUCUUAGCUAA